UCAGUUGAAUAUCCAGUUUAAAGUGCAUUCUGCAACAACAAUAUGCCUCUCACACGUAGUGGUCAUUCUUCCACCGCUGCCGACGACGACAGCGUCGAGGCGGACUUCCACACGCCUCAUGAAGAAUCUGCAGCGCGAGUAGUCCCUCCUGUGCCAGCCGCGCCCUCGGCUUCUGCACCACCUACCGCGCCCGCCGCAGCGGCGGCGACCGUCACCAUCGGCGAUAUGUCUGCGAUGAUGAUGUUGUGGCAACAGUCUCUUCAGCGCCUCCUCGACCGUGAGGAAGAGCGACGACCUGCCACGCCCGCCCCGGCUCCAGCAGAACCCAUUACCACGGCUCACCAUUCCGGUGGUUAUUUCACCACAUGCAACGCGCGCUACAGCGGCGCGAUGGAGGAGUCUCUAGACGGAUUUAUAGACGCGAUUGAAGCAUAUAAAGACUGCGCCAACGUCAGCGAUGCUAACGCACUCCGUGGCAUCUCCAUGUUGCUGACUCACGACGCCGCGACGUGGUGGCAGGGCGUGAAGCCAUCCAUCACCACCUGGACCACUGCAAUCCAGAGCCUGCGCAGCGCCUUCGGCGACAGUCGUCCUCCGCAUCGCAUCUACAGAGAGCUUUUUAAAAUGACUCAUGAACACGAGAAGACGGAAUUAUUCAUCGCGAGAGCCCGAGCGCUCCUCGCCCGCCUUCCUCGAGGAGACCUAUCAGAGAAAGUCGAGAUUGACAUGAUUUAUGGACUUUUACACCAGCGUAUCCGCGAGCGCCUGCGUCGCGAGGAGGUGUACAGCUUCGAGAUCCUUCUUUGGAAGUCACGUGAAGUCGAAGAUUCCCUAGAUAACGUGAGUAACGACAGUGCAUCGUGUGCUACACACCGUCCUGCGCCGAGUACUCCGCGCAUGACGUCUACGUCGGCCGCGCCGUCGUUGAAGAACGCAGCGCGCCGCCCCAGCACCGCGUCUACCAGCGCCAGCACGUCUACCAUGUCUCCGGACUUCGCGUCGAACAAUAAAAGUGCCAUGAAAUCUCGUCCGUUUUGCAUAUACUGUAAAGUGCCCGGUCAUGUUCGUGAAGAGUGUCGUAAACUAUCGAAUAAGAACAGUACUGAUAAGAUUGAUAACGAUAAGCGUGAUAACAACACUAUUUCUUGUUAUGGUUGUGGAGCAAAGGGUGUAAUACGGUCACAAUGUCCAAAUUGUACCGCGAAAGUUUCAUUUUACGCCGUAAGUACGUUUCCUAAUCAAUGUAAACAACCUUAUUCCACCCCGAGUUCGAAUAAUGACAUUCAUGAUCUUUCAAUUAAUAUUUCUUGUGAUAAAAUAUGUAAUUGCGAUCUAUGCUAUGGUGAUGACGAGGUUAUGUUUACUUAUUCUGUUCCUAAUGUCAUUCAUGUGUCACACGCAACCAACUUCACUCCUUUCACUCAACAUUUGACAGACACGAAUUCGGAUACACUUUCACUCGACUCUCAAUCUCUCUCAAAAGGUCUGUUACACGAUCAAUGUUUGAUCAAUCACACGGGUCAAUCUUCGCCAACUUUUGAACACAUGCACAGUAGGGCAAAUGGUCCGAAUUCUUCCAGCAUGUACAGUAGGGCAAAUGUCUCGAAUUGUUCCGGCGUAUACAGUAGGGUUAAUGUCCCGAAUUCUUCCACAGAUUUUGAACGCAUGCACAGUAGGGUAAGUGGCCCGAAUUUCUCAAGCAUGUGCAGUAGGGUUAAUGUCCCGAAUUUUCCUACAGGUGUUGAACGCGUGCACAGUAGGGUAAAUGGUCCGAAUUCUUCCCGCACGUUCAGUAGGGUGAAUGGCACUGGUGUCGACCUGAAUUGUUCUUCAGGUUUUGAAAGCGUGUUCAGUAGGGUAUAUGACACUGUUGUUGCCCCAAUUUCCGCGACCUCGACGGCUACUUAUUGCAGUAGGCCUAUUCUUUGCGUCGACAUUUUAGGUUCGCGAGGCACCGCUCUUAUUGAUACCGCAGCUAAGUGCUGUGUCGCAGGUCAUUCUCUUUUUAAACUUCUGAAGGAUAAGAAGCAAAGUUUUACUCAGAAGCAGGUGGCCGUGAAACUCGCUGACGGAGUCGUGCACCAGCGCGAUGUCCUCGUAUGCAGUGUUGAUGUUUCAGUCACUUUUAAGAAGAAAAAGGUUCCGAUUGAGUUUGUUAUUUUUCCGGAUGCUGAUAAUAAUGAGACGCUUCUAGGUAUGGAUUUCCUCAGCGCCUCCGGCAUGGUCAUCGAUUUUGCGACUUCGUGUUGGAAAUUUUCAGGUAGCCACCAGACCUACCCUCUCGAAUUUGAGUCUGAAGGCUCGGAGGUUCCCCGUUCUGUCGUUGCUUCUUCUUUCAUGCUUAGGGAAGAUGAAGGCAUCAUGCUUACCUGUGACCAGCGCCGACAAGUAUCCGAUGUUCUCGAUCGUCAUGAGGAUGUCUUCAAUCUAGGAGGAGCGCCGACUCCGUACGCGGAGCACCGUAUUGACACUGGCGAUCAUGUACCUGUCGCCGUCCCGCCUUAUCGAUUGACUCCAGCUAAGAAGGCUAUUAUGGAAGCUGAGCUCGGUAAGAUGUUGGCAGAGGGUAUCAUCGAAGAGUGUGAGUCUCCGUGGGCCUCUCCUGCUUUGCUCGUGCCUAAGAAGGAUGGCACCUUUCGUUUCUGCGUGGACUACCGUCGUCUUAAUGCGAUUACUAAGUCAGACUCGUAUCCACUGCCAGUCAUCGAGGACCUGCUGCACUCUACGAAGGGUUGCUUCAUCAGUACCAUCGACCUCCGUUCCAGUUAUUGGCAAGUUAGCGUCGCACCGGGUGACAGGGAUAAAACUGCGUUCGUCACGCCGUUCGGUACUUACAGGUUUCUCAGAAUGCCUUUUGGCCUCAAGAAUGCCCCGGCAACAUUCCAGCGUCUUAUGGAUCGUUUUCGUUCAGGGAGCAUGGUCAAGGAUGUCACGUUACUCGUCUAUCUAGACGAUCUUCUCGUCCUCUCGGAGUCUUACGAGAAGCACUUACAGGACCUACAGUUGGUCUUCGAUCGUUUACGCGUUUUUGGUUUACGCGCCAACCGAGAUAAGUGUGUCUUCGUGGCCAAGGAGGUGAAAUACCUUGGACACCUUAUCACGCCGGAAGGUAUCUUACCGGAUGGUUCGAAGGUUGAGUCGAUCCUCAAUAUGAAUGAGCCUAAGAACCUUAAGCAUCUCAGGACUUUUCUACAGACCUGUGCUUGGUUCCGUAAGUUUGUCCCCGGGUUUUCUGGGAUAGCACAACCGCUCACCAAACUUACCAGGAAGAAUGAGCCUUGGAACUGGAGUGACGAGCAGCAGAAAGCUUUCGAUGAGUUGAAGAAGAAACUCACCAGCGCUCCUGUUUUAGUUCAGGCCGAUUAUAGCAAACCGUUCGUUAUACGUACCGAUGCAAGCGACUACGCCUUAGGUGCUGUCCUCACUCAAGGAGAUGGCAUAGAGGAACACCCCAUCGAGUACUCCAGUCGUUUACUUACCAGUGCUGAAAGGAAGUACAGCACCACCGAACGGGAAGCAUUAGCUGUUGUUUGGGCCGUAGAGAAGUACCGCCCCUAUAUUGACGGACACCCAAUUAUCGUUCGCAGCGACCAUCAGCCUUUGCGGUGGCUUCUUACCCUCAAGUCACCAAGUGGUCGACUGAUGCGCUGGGCGCUCCGACUUCAGGCGUUCGACAUACAAUAUGAAUACACGCCUGGUAAAGCGAAUGUUGUCGCUGACACGCUGAGUCGUCCUGUAUGCGACGAUGUCUCUCGCGAAGACUGCGGAAUCUGCACCGUAAUCGUCGACGUUCCCCACGUUAAUCCGGAGGAACUCAGGAAAUCUCAGCUGAGCGACCCCGACGUCUGCAAGAUAAUUCAAGAUCUCGAGCAUAGUGAUGCUCUGGCUUCGAAUCGUUGGUUGGAGCGUGGGUAUUUAAUGAACCAGGGAGUUCUUUAUCGUCUUAGUCCCGAUGCUGAUUCCGAAGAACCACAGCUCGUUAUACCGGCCUCCAUGAUUCCUGAAGUCCUCAAGGAAUUCCACGACACACCCCUAGCUGGUCACCAAGGCGUCGACCGUACCUUGGAGCGCAUCCGUCAACGUUAUUAUUUCACCGGAAUGCGACGGUACGUCAGUGAAUACCUCAAGACAUGCGUGGAUUGCCAGAAGUAUAAGCCCGCCAACCAAAAGCCUGCCGGUCUUUUGCAGACUCCGAUUCUCAACCAGCGAGGUGAAGUCCUCGCUGUCGAUUUAUUUGGCCCUCUUCCAGAAGCUGAAGAUGGAUCGAAGUGGGUCCUUCUUAUUGAAGAUACUGCUACGCGUUGGGUUGAGAUCUUUGCCCUCCGCGAUGCCACCGCCGAAGCUUGCGCCCCUCUCAUGAUUGAGCAGUAUUUUAUGCGCUAUGGCUUUCCUCGGCGUAUCGUAUCUGAUAAUGGCGUGCAAUUCGUCUCUGCUGUUAUGCAGCAAUGCAUGCACAUUCUUGGGAUUAAGCAGAAUUUGAUUCCCUUAUACCACCCGGAAGCCAAUCCCGCCGAAAGGAAGAACCGGGAUAUGAAAAUUCAGUUGGCUAUGCUGGUUAAAACUGAGCAUCGUGCUUGGUCGAAGUACUUGCCUCAGGUCCGUUUUGCUUUGAAUACUGCGACGUGCAGUACCACCGGUUUGACACCGUCUUAUAUGAUGUUUGCGCGGGAGAUGCGUACUCCCUUUGACGCCCAUCACGACCUCAGAGCCGUCUUAGAAAAGGACAAUUAUGUUCCCCAGGUUACACCUUACCUGACCAGGUUUGUCAGUUCGCUCCAGGAGAUUCGCGAUCGUGUCGAGAAGCAGCAGGAUUCUCGGAAGGACACUUCUGAUGCCUCUCGUCGCCCGUCCCCUGUCUAUGCAGAAGGUGACCUCGUUCUUCUUACUACUCAUGCUCUGAGUAAUGCCCAGAAGGGUUUGACAAAGAAGUUUAUGCCACGACGUGAUGGCCCUUAUGUUGUUAAGCGCGUCCUUAGUCCUACCACGUUCGAGAUUGCCGACCAAGAUGGACAGUUGUUAGGUCGUUUUCAUUCUUCGGACAUGUCCUUGUUUUCAGGUCCCCAGUCGAGUGACACUCAGCCCGUUCAGCCCCGUAGGCUGCGAGGACGGCCUCGUAUUAGGGAUAGGGAGACCCUGACACAUACACGCACACAUGACGCGCCACAUGUUUUUGCUAAGCCACGAGCGGGACGCUCUUGUAGCUUAGAGGAGGAGUGUGUAGCGCGCCGAUCUUUAAAUUCCCCUCCGCCGCACACUUCACCCCCUCAGGUCGCACCCUCCAAUCGCGUCGCGUCUAAAUCGACGCUACCGCAACGCGCACGCGCGCCGGCCGCGCGGCCCGCGUCCGGCACGCUGAUUGGACGGCGCGAGAUUCGGCUCCCCGCUAGAUUCCGUGUUUGAGCGUACUUGAAAUGGUUGACGCUAUUCUGUUAUAAUUUUCUUAAUUAUCCGUAAUUCCUAAUUUUAUGUGAGAGACUGUGUUAAAUAAUAUUGUUUGUUGUUCCUACAUUAGA